AUGGCCGCGGCUUUAAGGUCGAAUACCUCAAGAGAAACCGCUUCUCUCACACUCUCUCACUUUCGGUACUUCAUUUUCAACCGCGUCCACACCGCUCGAGCCGCGACUCCUCCUCACUGCAAUCAUCGCGCUAAAUCCGAUGACCCAUCAAACAGAUUCCCAAGUAAGAUUGCUGCCUCUAUGGGAACGAGCUUCUCCCAUCAUCGGAAUUCGAGCAAGGGUUAUGCUACGGUUUGUGCCCAGAAGCUGAGCGGUGGUGCAGGGUCUGCUAUUAUGAGCUCGCAAGGAGACCCGCCGGAUCUGUGGCAGCCUCCGGGAGAUGGAGUUUCCGUUAGGCUUAAUGGGUCGAGCGUUAAUCUCGGUCGUGGCGGUGGCGGCGGUGGAAGCAGUACCGGUGCUGGUAACGGAACAGCGUCGAAUUCGAAAGAAGAUUGUUGGGGUGGAUCCAAUCUUGGCUCUGAUUUUCCGACACCGAAGGAGAUUUGCAAAGGUUUGAACAAGUUCGUGAUUGGUCAGGAGAGAGCUAAAAAGGUGCUUUCAGUGGCAGUGUACAAUCACUACAAGAGGAUAUAUUACGAAUCAUUGCAGAAACGGUCCACGGGAGAAACUGAUAGCAGCACUGCAGCGAAACCAGCAGAUGAUGAUAUGGUAGAACUUGAGAAGAGUAACAUUCUCCUGAUGGGACCAACUGGGUCAGGGAAGACACUGCUUGCGAAAACCUUGGCACGGUUUGUGAAUGUUCCUUUUGUCAUUGCGGAUGCAACCACACUGACUCAGGCUGGUUAUGUGGGAGAGGACGUCGAGUCUAUAUUAUACAAACUUCUCACAGUUGCAGAUUAUAAUGUUGCAGCUGCACAACAGGGGAUUGUUUACAUAGAUGAAGUUGACAAGAUAACAAAGAAGGCAGAGAGCCUUAACAUCAGCAGAGAUGUAUCAGGAGAAGGUGUUCAACAAGCAUUGCUUAAAAUGCUGGAAGGAACAAUCGUUAAUGUACCUGAGAAGGGCGCUAGAAAGCACCCUAGAGGCGACAAUAUCCAGAUAGACACAAAGGAUAUACUCUUCAUAUGUGGUGGUGCCUUCGUAGACAUCGAAAAGACGAUCUCAGAGAGGCGCCAUGAUUCUUCAAUAGGGUUUGGUGCUCCCGUACGUGCUAACAUGAGAGCAGGUGGUGUUACAAACGCCGCUGUUGCAUCAAACCUAAUGGAAACUGUGGAAAGCAGUGACCUGAUUGCUUAUGGUUUAAUACCUGAAUUUGUUGGAAGAUUUCCAGUUCUCGUCAGCCUAUCUGCUUUGACCGAGAACCAACUUAUGCAGGUGCUGACAGAGCCCAAGAACGCACUCGGAAAGCAAUACAGAAAGAUGUACCAGAUGAAUAGUGUAAAGCUGCAUUUCACGGAAACUGCGCUGCGGCUAAUAGCUAAAAAAGCAAUAACGAAAAACACAGGCGCUCGUGGGUUAAGAGCUCUUCUAGAAAGCAUCCUCAUGGAUUCUAUGUACGAGAUUCCGGAUGAGAGUACAGGGAGUGAUAUGAUAGAGGCGGUUGUGGUGGAUGAAGAAGCAGUUGAAGGAGAAGGACGUAGAGGCUCUGGUGCUAAGAUUCUCCGUGGGAAAGGAGCUUUGGUUCGAUAUCUCUCUGAAACCAACUCCAAGGAUUCUCCUCAGACGACCAAGGAGGGAUCGGAUGGAGAAAUUGAAGUAGAGGCGGAGAUUCCGUCCGUUGUAGCCAGUAUGUAA